AUGCGAGCUUUGACCAUUUUGUGGAUUUUUAACCUCCUGCAGCUGCUUACCGCAGCCUUCUUACCUCUCAACAACACUGUAGAAAGCCUAGGAGAGAAAACUACCGCUCCAAAGGCAUCUGCAGUACCCCAAGUCGGCAACACAACAAUAUUCGAUCCCGACACCCACAUUUACUGCUACAACUCCUUCCCACACCUACAUUUAACUGAGUCAUCUUGCUAUGAGCUUUUUGAUGCUCUCGAGACCAUACCAAAUCUCAACGAGCAACAGCUUGUCAAAACCGAGAACUUUCAGCCACUACGCUAUUGGGACAAAGACAGAUGUAGCCUUUAUCUUUACACCCAAACAGACCAGGGUGUCGACAAAUUCUCGCUUGCGGAUUGGUUGAGGAAAUUGCGAACAAUCCUGAGAUACUGUGCCGAAGAAGGGAAUCCUGGGCUUGGCGGUUAUGCUUCUGUCGGAGAGCGCGGUCUCUUCAGGGCAUUCGCUGAGAGGAAUUUCUUUCAGGGUGAAGAGGCAUCUGGGAAUAUCAACAUUCUUUAG